UGGGUUUCUUUUUGCAUUUAAGCUGGAACAUGGUGGCUGUGGCAAUGCAUCUCUGUGUUUCCACCCCAAGCUUCAAUGCUGAGCAGGUUUACUGGGAGGUUUCUGCCAGCAAGCGGUGUCAUGUGGUGCUUGGGGGACUCUGGCUAACUUGGGGCAGGUGCUUCCUCUCCUGGGGUCUGCUGCUGCAGGGGCUGGACCAUCUGGCUCUGUGGCCCUGCAGGGGAAGAGCUGUGGCUGACCUGAAGACAGGUACACCUCCUGGGAAGCUCAGGCAGGGACUGCUCACUGACGGCUCCCGGCUGAGCUGAAGUGUGUGCCUGGGCUGGUGGACAGGAACGUGGGGAGGCCCUGGGGAGGCUGAGCAGGGACAGUGAUGGCAGCAAUGUGCAGUCAUGGACAGACAGAGAUGCUCUAAAUGGUUCAGUUCCUUAUGGAAAUGCCCAGGACACAAGCAAACCAUGUAAAACCACCAUCAGUUUUCAUGUGGCUCCUGUGCACUACGGUUUCUUUUCUCUUUUACAGCUCCUUGUCUGUGGCCAGCAGUUGUGCUGGGCUUGGCUAUAGGCUUUGGGAUACUGAGCAUCUCCCUAGCGAUUGCUUUGACUUGGAAGAUGAGUGACUCCCACUCACGCUGCCCUGAGCAGUGGAUAGCCUACAGAUGGAGCUGCUACACCUUCUCCAAGGAGAAGAAGGACUGGCACUCCAGCCAGAAAUCCUGCUGGGCACAGGGAGCUGAUCUCCUGGUGAUCAGCGAUACCAGUGAAAUGGACCUGUUCAAGAGUAUUCAAACAGGGUGUUUCUGGAUUGGACUGAGGAACAGCACAGGCUCUGGCUGGAUUUGGGAAGAUGGCUCUGUAUUCAGUGGCACCAAGGUCCUCUCUAACAGCCCAGUGCAACACUGUGUUGUCCUGAUGAAAGAUCACUUUCAGGCCUCCAGCUGUGAAUACUCUGCUCCAUGGAUCUGUGAGAAAUCUCUUAGAUGAACCCCACGUGCAUUUUCAUCUCAUAGCCAUCUCGUCAGUGGUACAAGUGGAUCAUUGUCCUACAAACCAAAGCUCUAUACAAGACCAAGGACUUGCCCUUUCCACAGCCUCACAAAGGUGUUUUGCAGGGACAGGUUUGCUGCCCAGGAGGGUGAUUUAUCCUCAGUAAUAGCUCAGUCCACAUCUGUUGGGUUACUGGUUUUUUUGUGACCACAUGAGACCUGGGACAUAUUCCCUGCCCUCCCUAGUCUUUCCGUGUUUGUCCUAUAAGGGCAAACAAAAAUUCUGUCACAACAAAUGCUGGGUCUUCAGAUCUUUGAGGGUAAGCUGGCCAUUUUCCUCCAUUCCUGAGCCUCAGAUUGCAUUUCCAUUCCCUGCGCCUCCAUUGUCUGGUGCCAGCAGGACCGGGAAAACGAAGCCCGCUGUUCACUGCCAGAAACAGAUCCCAGUGGCAGGCCCUCUUUUUGCAUCCCAGUGCUAUGGGUGAGGGAGAAGGGGGUGAGACGAGACUACAGCUUCUGUAAAUCCAGCAGUGAAAAUAAACCUCCAAUACUGCACUGGA